AGAGCUUCACCAACACAUUCCACCCCCCACCAAAAGACUUAAAUCUUAGCCUUCUCGUCACAGUGUGGAGAAGACGACUCUUUGGCGCUUUUCCUCUGCAGGAGCUGCCGUGCGUUUCUCCUUGACCGGCAUCUUCUUCAUCUCCCACCUUUAGUGUGUUUAAGGGCUGAAGUGCCGUCUGCUGGAGGGAGAUAGACAUGGAAGGAGGAGCGGUCAAGGAGGAAGAACAGUUGCCUCCCGGCUUUAGGUUCCAUCCCACUGAUGAAGAGCUAAUCACUCACUAUCUCACCAACAAGAUCACCGAGGCAGAUUUCGGUGCAAGAGCCAUCGCAGAUGUCGAUCUCAAUAAGUGCGAACCAUGGGAUCUCCCAGGGAAAGCCAAGAUGGGAGAGAAGGAAUGGUAUUUCUUCAGCUUGCGCGACCGGAAAUACCCGACCGGAGUCCGAACCAAUCGAGCCACCAACGCCGGCUACUGGAAGACAACCGGGAAGGACAAGGAGAUCUUCAACAGCGACACGUCGGAGCUGGUGGGGAUGAAGAAGACACUGGUCUUCUACAAAGGCAGGGCUCCGAGAGGGGAGAAGACCAACUGGGUUAUGCAUGAGUACCGCCUUCAUUCUAAAUCUGCCUUAAGAGGCAACAAGGAUGAAUGGGUCGUGUGCCGUGUCUUCAUGAAGAGUUCCGGCGGGAAGAAGUGUGCCACGCACCAGCCGCGGCUCAACCCCUACCACGUCCCCAUGAUACCUUCUCUGGUCCAGAACGAUCCGUUCCACUUCGGCGCAGCUCGGAGCUAUCUCUCCAACGCCGAGUUGAUGGAGCUCUCGAGGUUCUCCAGAGGCGCCCAUGGAUUCAACCUGCCAAUCCAGCCGCAGUUCAACCUUCCCGGAGGAGCCUUCACUCUUGCCGGUCUGAACCUAAACCUCGGAGCUCCUACGCCGCCGCCACUGCAAACAGCUCUGCGGACGAUGACAGUCCCUCUAACGCAGCCGCUGGGGGUGGCUGAGCCGCCUUCCUCGGAGCUGGCCAACGGGGUUAUCGGAGCCAUGGGUGAAGGGUUUAGCACCGAUCUAAACUCCACGAUCGCCGGCACGAGAUACCACAAUGUGGACUCUUGCAUGGAGCUCGAAGGCUACUGGCCUGCGUACUGAAGGAGAGGGAUGCUGCUGCUGCUGCUGCUGCUGCUGGACUUUAGAUUUAUUGCAUUAGAUGUACCCUUGCAGUUUCUUGUAAGCUUUCAUGUUCUUCUUCUUCUUCUUCGCUUUUCCAAAUGGUAGUUUGGAGAAACUCGAUGGAUUUAGUUUCUUGUCUUAGUGCAACUCCUUACUGUAAGCAAA